AUGUCCCUUCCCCAGCGGCCAGGGGCUUCCUCGUCCUCGCCCCGUCAGCCGUCCUUCCGCGACUCCUACCAGCGCCGUCGGCCAGACAUCGAGUCCGCCAGCCCUUCGCCCUCGCCCUCGCCCGCUGCUGAGCUCAGUCGCAAGCGCAGUCUGGUGCGCCCCGAACGCCACAGGAUCAGUCGCGACCAUCCAAACUACCACUACCGCCAGCAUGCCCAGAACAUGUCCGUCUACCCUUCCACCACGGGCAACGACCCCGUCUACGAGGAGUCCGAGACCCCGGAGCUGGCAGACACCACCGAGACCGUCAGUUCCGGCAGCACCGGCCUCAAGAGCCUCACGAAGCCUGAACGGAACACCACCAGCAUGGAACGGAACCCCAGCAUAGACGUGAACUCGGUUCCGUCCACCACCGGACCUACCUCCGCCCAUCCUGCCAGGCAUCCAGAGUCGGAGCAAAGACGCAUGCAGCGGAAGCUCUCCCGCAAGGCAUCCAAGUCGACCAAGGAGGAGAGGCGUCUGGAGGAGAAGAGGCGUCAGGAGGUGGACAACAUCAAGCCCCCUAGCUUGUGGAAUGUCUACUGCGGCAUGGUCACCUUUUGGGCCCCCGAUUUCAUUUUAAAGUGCUUUGGCAUGCCGGCCAAGGCACAGCGGAGAGCUUGGCGCGAGAAGAUGGGCCUCAUCAGUCUUAUCCUGCUCAUCUGCGGCUUUGUUGGAUUCCUCACCUUCGGCUUCACCCAGGUCGUCUGUAGCGCUCCGCCCUUGCGUCUCAAGGUCAACGAGGUCGACCAGGGUUACAUGAUCUUCCAUGGAAGGGCCGUCAACCUCGCUGAGUCCAAGCAUCCUGCCGUGCUUGGGCUCCCUGAUUCGUCUGUGGUCGUCUUCUCCGGUGAUGGAUACGGUGGGCAGGACGGUAGUUUUCUCUUCCAGAACGUCAAUGGCGCCUGCAAGGGGAUGAUCACACCAAAACCGGGGUCUGAUAUUCCUUCAAAUAGCGAUGGUGAUAUGGGCUGGUAUUUCCCCUGCGUGACCUUCAACCAGGAUGGCUCGACAGAGCCCAACUUCACCGCCCCAGCGUACCUGGGCUACAAGUGCCAUACCUCUGCGGUUGCUCGGGAGGCCUUCUACAAUCUAUAUGCCACCGGUGAGGUCUACUUUUCCUGGGAUGAUCUCAAGAACAAGAGCAGAAACUUACUCGUCUACUCGGGUAAUGUCCUCGACCUUGAUCUGCUCAGAUGGUUCAACUCCAGCGAUGUUUCCUACCCGUCCCGCUUCGACCAGCUCAGGGAGAGCAAAGAGUUGCGCGGUAUCGAUGUCACCCACCGUUUCCAGACUGGACCUGAGAAGAGGAUGUUCAAGUGUCUAACCGAGAUCAUCAAGGUCGGAUCUAUAGACACCGAGACUGUCGGAUGUAUUGCUUCCAAAGUCGUCCUCUACAUCUCCCUUGUCUUCAUUCUCGCCGUUGUCGUCGUCAAGUUCCUCCUCGCUCUAGCCUUCCAAUGGUUCCUUGCUCGCCGGUUUGCCGCCCCCAAGACUGCCAUGGAUCCCAGCUCCAAGGAGCGGAAGCGCCAGAUCGAAGACUGGAGUAAUGAUAUAUACCGCCCUGGGCCCCGCCUGGCGGAUCCCGCCAUGCCAGAUCGCUCCAGCAAGCGUGGAUCUACCAUCUUCCCGACCACCUCACGAUUCUCUAGCCCCUAUGUUGUCGGCGCAAACAAACAGCGAAAUGCCAUCACGACAAUGUCAAGCCAGAAUAACGCCAACCGCCUGAGUGCUGCACCUAUGUACAAGCUUAGCGGCAACACCAGCCAGGGCACACUCAGCGCUGACCCCCGUCAUAGUCUUGUUGGUAGCCGGACCAGCCUGAUGGUCCCCGGGCAUGACCCGCGCUACUCCACCAUCAGCGAUAUCGAAGGUCAGGGCCCUGCGGAAUUCAUUCACGAGUCGGUUGUGCCACAGCCUCCACCAGAGUGGCAGCCGUUUGGUUACCCCUUAGCCCAUACUUUAUGUCUGGUUACCGCUUACUCUGAAGGCGUGGAAGGUAUUCGCACCACCUUGGAUUCUAUUGCCAUGACGGAUUAUCCCAACAGCCACAAGACCAUUAUCGUUAUCUGUGAUGGUAUAAUCAAGGGUAAGGGCGAGUCCACCUCGACCCCCGACGCUGUUCUCAGCAUGAUGGGUGACCAUGCCGUACAUCCAGAUGAUGUCCAGCCCUUCUCCUACGUUGCUGUAGCAUCCGGUUCAAAACGUCAUAACAUGGCCAAGAUCUACGCAGGGUUCUACGACUACGGUCAAGACUCCGUUGUCCCACCAGAGAAACAGCAGCGCGUGCCGAUGAUGGUAGUUGUCAAAUGUGGAACCCCUGAUGAGGCUAAGAAGAGCAAGCCUGGAAACAGAGGUAAACGAGACAGCCAGAUUAUCCUCAUGUCCUUCCUGCAAAAGGUCAUGUUCGACGAGCGGAUGACAGAGCUUGAGUUUGAGAUGUUCAACGGCCUAUGGAAAAUCACCGGUAUUUCCCCAGACUUCUAUGAGGUAGUCCUCAUGGUAGACGCAGAUACCAAGGUCUUCCCCGACAGUCUCACCCACAUGCUCUCCGCCAUGGUCCGCGACCCCGAUAUCAUGGGCCUCUGCGGCGAAACCAAGAUCGCGAAUAAGGCCGACAGCUGGGUCACUAUGAUCCAGGUGUUCGAGUACUUCAUCUCACACCACCUGUCUAAGGCGUUCGAAUCCGUCUUUGGAGGUGUCACCUGUCUUCCAGGCUGUUUCUGUAUGUAUCGUAUCAAAGCUCCCAAGGGAGGGCAGAAUUACUGGGUCCCUAUCCUCGCCAAUCCAGAUGUGGUCGAACAUUACUCUGAAAAUGUCGUGGAUACGCUGCACAAGAAGAAUCUUUUAUUGCUGGGUGAGGACAGGUACCUGUCAACGCUCAUGCUCAGGACCUUCCCCAAGCGUAAACAAGUCUUUGUUCCCCAAGCGGUAUGCAAGACAACCGUGCCCGACAAGUUUUCCGUUCUGCUCUCUCAGCGUCGUCGUUGGAUUAAUUCUACCGUCCAUAACCUGAUGGAACUCGUCCUCGUUCGCGACCUAUGUGGCACAUUCUGUUUCAGCAUGCAGUUUGUCGUCUUCAUGGAACUCAUUGGAACACUUGUCCUCCCAGCAGCUAUUGCCUUCACCUUUUACGUCGUCAUCAUAUCCAUCGUCCAUUCACCAGUGCAGAUAAUCCCACUUGUCCUCCUGGCACUUAUCCUGGGUCUCCCUGCCGUUCUGAUCGUAGUCACUGCACACCGCCUAUCAUACGUCCUCUGGAUGCUGAUAUACCUGCUCUCCCUACCAAUUUGGAACUUCGUGCUACCUACAUACGCCUACUGGAAAUUCGACGACUUCAGCUGGGGAGACACCCGUAAGACCGCGGGCGAGAAGACGAAGACUGCAGGAAUCGAGUACGAGGGUGAAUUUGAUAGCAGUAAGAUAACAAUGAAGCGGUGGAGAGAUUUCGAGAAAGAACGCCGAAUUCGAAAUGCAAACGCAGCCGGUCAUCACCAUACAAAUUCCUCGUUUUCUAACUACGCUCAUAAUUCCGUGUAUGGUGGAUACUCUGACUACCAAUGA